UGCCAUGAGAAAGGCUGGUGUUGCUCACAAUAAGACUAGCAAAGAAAUGGAAAACCAUGUUUUCAUGAAGGCCAAAACACGGGACGAAUAUCUCUCUCUCGUGGCAAGACUCAUCAUCCAUUUUCGGGAUAUUCACAACAAGAAGUCCCUGGCCUCCGUCAGUGAUCCAAUGAAUGCCCUGCAGAAUCUGACUGGUGGUCCGCCAGCAAGAGCAGGGGCCAUAGGGAUGAAUCCUCAUUCUCAGGGGACCUCACUGGCUGGGAUGAGCGGGCUUGGCCCCCCCAUGGGGCAGGCAAUGAAUCUUCCAGGGCAGCAGCCUCCAGGAUCUGCUGGACUGGCCUCUCAUGGCAUCCCAAACAUCCCUCCAGCCACCCAGCCAACCCAGCUCCAGUUGCAGCAGAUGGCGCAACAGCAGCAGCAGCAGUUCCAGCAGCAGCAGCAGCAGCAGGCAGCUCUGCAGCAGCAGCAGCAGCAGUUCCAGACCCAGCAGUCAGUAAUGCAGCAGCAGCAGCAGUUCCAAGUGCAGCAGCAGCAGCAGCAACAGGCAGCAGCUGUAGCGCAGCAGCAAAUGCAGGUGGUCCAGCAGCAGCAGCAGCAACAAAUGCUGAAGUUACAGCUCCAUCAGCAAAGCCAGCAGCAGAUGCAGCAGCAGCAGCAACUGCAGCGAAUUGCUCAGAUGCAGCAACAGCUGCAGCAGCAGGCCGCUCAGGCUGCUCAGGCCCAACAGCAGCAGCAGCAGCAACCGCCGCCGCAGCCCCCACCACCACAACAGAUGCAGCAGCAAGUGGCCCAGGGCCCACCCCCGUCGCUUCCACCCCAGCCCAUGGUUUCCCAGGCACAGACUGUUCCGGGGCAGAUCCCUGGCCAGGUCAUGUCCAUGGCCAUCCUGCCCCAGCAGUUAAAAGCCAUGCAGGUCAGAGCUUUGCAGCAGCAGCAGCAGCAGCAGCAGCAGCAGCAGCAGCAGCAGCAGCAGGCUGCUUCCCAAGUCCAGGCUACUCAGAUGGGAGCGUCAAGCCAGAUGAUCACCGCAAGUAUGGCCCGAGGUGGGAUGCAAAUAAGACCACGGUUCCCGCCUGCCACCGGUGUCUCUGCCACGCCUCCAAGCACCAUACCUUUGGGUGGACAGCAAAUGCCUCAGGUCAGCCAGAGUAGCAUCGCAGUGAUGUCUUCUCCUUCACCAGUCCAGCAAGCUCAGACACCCCAGCCGAUGCCUCCCCCACCUCAGCCACAACCCUCUCCUCAGUCUGGGCAGCCCAAUUCCCAGCCCAAUUCCAAUGUCAGUUCUGGCCCAGCCCCAUCUCCCAGCAGCUUUCUCCCCAGUCCAUCUCCACAGCCUUCUCAGAGCCCAGCAGCUGCACGAACACCACAAAAUUUCAGUGUCCCAUCUCCAGGGCCGCUCAACACACCAGGCAAUCCCACCUCGGUCACAAGCCCGGCUAGCUCCAGCCAGUCUGAGGAACAGCAGUACCUGGAGAAACUGAAGCAGCUGUCAAAGUACAUUGAGCCUCUGCGGAGGAUGAUCAACAAGAUAGAUAAAAACGAAGACAGGAAGAAGGACCUAAGCAAGAUGAAGAGUCUCCUGGAUAUUCUGACAGAUCCUUCGAAGCGCUGUCCUCUGAAAACUUUGCAGAAAUGUGAAAUUGCUCUGGAGAAGCUCAAGAAUGACAUGGCCGUGCCCACCCCUCCCCCCCCUGCAGUGCCUCCCACAAAACAGCAGUAUUUGUGCCAACCAUUGCUGGAUGCAGUCCUUGCAAAUAUCCGCUCACCAGUCUUCAACCAUUCCAUGUAUCGAACUUUCAUGCCAGCUGUGACUGCCAUCCAUGGCCCUCCUAUCACGACCCCAGUGCCUUCCCCUCGGAAGCGGAAAUAUGAAGAUGAUGAACGGCAGACCAUACCAAAUGUAUUGCAAGGAGAGGUUGCAAGACUAAAUCCGAAGUUCUUAGUGAACCUUGAUCCCUCCCAUUGCAGCAACAAUGGCACAGUCCAUCUCAUAUGCAAACUUGAUGACAAGAAUCUUCCAAACGUUCCACCACUACAGCUCAGUGUGCCGGCUGAUUAUCCAGACCAGAGCCCCCUGUGGAUUGAUAAUCCUCAGCAAUAUGAAGCAAACCCCUUCCUGCAGUCUGUGUAUCGCUACAUGAUGUCCAAGUUGUUGCAGCUCCCAGACAAGCACUCGGUCACCGCCCUCCUCAACACCUGGGCCCAGAGCAUCCGGCAGGCCUGCUUGUCUGCCGCUUGACAGCCUGGCCCUCGCCAGCUGGGUGCGGAAGCAAGAGCAUCUGGGGUUUGGUGGGUUAGGAGUUGGGUCUUCCUCGGGUGCCGGAGGCGACCUUUAGUGCUUGCACUGCUUCUGCCUUCGUAGGCUAGCCAGUCGCUUGACGCCAGCUUCCAGGGGAGAUUUAAAGAUGUCUUCUUAGAGAAGAGCUUGUGGAAAACAAACCUGGUCAUGGGAGUCUCCCCAGCAGAAAAACGGGCAGCCUGUUCAACGCCAACACGUGCCCUCAAUCGGCAGGACAAACUGCGCUUUGCUUCUCACGAGUCAUAAGGCAGCCGGCUGACGUGGCUCUACCAGGCGGUCGGGACGGGAUCGGAGGGUUUGAGGCAGAGUCUCCCACUUUCGGUGCUCAACGGUUGAUGUUUCCAGAAUUUCAGUUUCAGAAAUCUGGCUGGACACAGCUUUUCCACCUUUGCAGAGUUUCUUAAUAUUGGCUUGCAAUGAAGACCGUCCUGGUUGCUGGCGUAUCUGUAAAUCUCAGAGUACUAUGUCAUUUUGAAGGUUUUCAAAUAAUUACUUUGUAAGAUGCUGAUUAAUUGUAGUACAACAGUUGCAGCAUUUCACUCAUGAAUCAUUGCAUUUGUUUUAUUGUAAUAAAUCUAUUGUUACAGUGUUUAA